AUGGCAAUGCCAUCAACGAAACAACCUUCUAGUAUUGACAAUUCUCUAGAAAUAGAAAAAACAACUAAUUCUUUCACGAUAGAACAUAAAACAACAACAAGUUUACAAGAAAAAAAGAAAGAAAGAGUAGCUUGUUCAUUAAGAAAAGAAAGAACCACUUUUUCAUUACAACAAGCGUUGUGUAUAGCAUUACUAAAUGAGUUUUGUACUGAAACAUUAAUUCAUCCAAUUAAACAAGCAACAGUGACAAACCAAUUCUUUCGAGUAGGAACAUUAGAAUUUUCAAAUAAUCAAGUCAUUGAUGUAUAUAAAAAAGUUAAAGAAAGAUGUUUACAAAUAUAUGAAGAAUAUAUUUCAAAUGGUGUUAGUUCAAAAACUGCUAUAAGAAGAGGACAAAAUAAUAGAAAAAUAGAAGAAAUUCAUUUCUAUCAAUCAAUACUUCAAUCAUUUGGUUAUAAAUUCAUUUUUUAUAAGAACCCUAAUAAGAAAAAAAUUCAUUACCUUAAUACUAUUAAAGAAGUUUGGAGAGAUGGUUUACAGAUUCUUAAUGAUUCUCAAGUUAAAAUUUUCUCAAAACAAGUUCAUUCUUAUUUUUCUUCUUUACAAAGUACUAAUAAAGAAACUUGUGUUGUAGAAAAAAAUGAUAAAUCUAUUGUUAAAUAUAUUGUUCAAUUUCUUUAG